AUGCGUACAGUUGCAGAAAAUGAAGAAAGGAGCGUGCUUGUGCUUUUGCUUUUCCUUUUCCUUCUUUUCUUUUUCUCAGUGAUUCUUCUUUCCUUGAGGAAAAGUCAAGAAGUUCAUGAAAUAGAAACUGGUCUCUACCAAAGCUUCAAGCUUUACCUUCAUCAAUGGCAUAGUCACUUCCAUCCUCCACUUCUUCCAAGGUUGACAUACAUACACAUCCACAAUGAAAAAACUCCAAUUUCUAGCGAUUGGGUUGGAAUCACUUGUAACAAUGAGGGAACUAAAGUCAUUGCCAUUCAUCUACCGGGUCAUGGACUAUUCGGUCCAAUUCCGCCCAAUACCAUCGGAAAGCUGGAUUCCCUCAGAAUCUUGAGCCUAAGAUCCAAUUUCCUAAACGGGUCUCUCCCUUCUGAUAUCAUCUCCAUUCCCUCCCUCCAGUUUCUCUACCUUGAAAACAACAACUUUUCUGGUGAAAUCCCUCUUAGUGUUUCUCCCCAAAUCACCAAUUUAGAUCUCUCCUUCAAUUCCUUCACUGGAAACAUCCCGGAAACACUAAAAAACCUCACCCGUCUCACCUCCCUCAACCUCCAAUUCAACUCCUUCUCGGGACCCGUUCCCGACCUCAACAUCACCCGACUCCGUCUCUUAAACGUGAGCCAUAACCAACUCAACGGUUCAAUCCCGUCUUCCCUCCAAACUUUCCCGCUUUCUUCAUUUUCCGGGAACGAACUCUUAUGUGGGCCCCCGUUGAAUCCAUGCCCGGUCCCGCCCCCAUCCAUGGCCUUACGCCCGAAAAAACACACCAAAAAACUCACAACCGGUGCAAUCCUAGCCAUUGCUAUCGGAUCCUUUUUACUCAUCCUUCUACUUGGAAUCCUCUUGUUUUGUUUCUUGAAGAAGAAGAAAGACCGGGAUUCGGUUGGUGAACUGACGAUAAAGGCCGUCCCUCCCGGGAAAAACGAAAAAUCGGAUGAUUUCGGGAGUGGGGUGCAAGCUGGAGAGAAGAACAAGUUGGUGUUUUUUGAAGGGAGUAAUUAUAACUUUGAUCUUGAGGAUUUGUUGAGGGCAUCAGCUGAGGUACUUGGGAAGGGUAGUUAUGGAACUGCGUAUAAGGCUAUUCUGGAUGAGGGAACAAUAGUUGUGGUAAAACGAGUGAGAGAAGUUGGUGUUGCUAAAAAAGAGUUUGAUCAGCAUAUGGAGUUUGUAGGGAGGGUGGGGAGGCAUCCGAAUAUUGUCCCCUUAUGUGCUUACUACUAUUCUAAGGACGAGAAGCUUCUUGUGUAUGAGUAUAUGGUAACUGGUAGCCUAUCUUCACUGUUACAUGGAAAUCGAGGUAUAGGAAGAACUCCAUUAGAUUGGGAGACGAGAGUGAAGAUAUCACUCGGAGCUGCAAAAGGGAUCUCACAUAUCCAUUCAGAAGGAGGUGCAAAAUUCACUCACGGAAACAUCAAAUCUUCCAACAUCCUUCUCACCACAGACUUCGACGGCUGCGUAUCAGAUCUCGGUUUAGCUCCGUUAAUCAACGUCCUCCCCACAAAACCUCGUUGCAUCGGGUAUUGUGCGCCGGAGGUGAUAGAAACACGGAAAUUCACCCAUAAAUCCGAUGUUUACAGCUUCGGAGUCCUGCUUCUGGAGCUUUUAACCGGUAAAUCGCCGCUGCCGUCGGGGCAUGAGGAGGUGGUUGAUCUACCGAGAUGGGUGAGAUCGGUGGUUCGAGAAGAAUGGACGGCGGAGGUGUUUGAUGAGGAGCUAAUGAGGUACCCACAUGUUGAAGAAGAGAUGGUGCAGAUGCUUCAGAUUGGGCUCGCUUGUGUGACUAGGGUUCCGGAUAAUAGACCUUCGAUGGAGGAAGUUGUUAAGAUGAUUGUCGAUUUACGAUCGUCGGAUUCAUCGGAGCAUCGGGGUUCUUCCGAGGAUAACAGAUCUAAAGGAUCUAACGUCCAAACGCCAUGAAUUCAAAAGCGUAGACCGCAGUCACAGUGUGCAAAUGGUUGUGUUACUGAUAAAUAGUUUCAAUUUUGUGUCGAUUUCCAAUUUGGGGUUUUAUCAUAUUCUUCCUUGUAUAAUUGUUCCUGGUCUUAUUUGGUUACAAAUUACAAUCGCAAACCUAAUAAUCCAAAUAUCCAUUAG